UUUUGCAGGGAAUGCGCCGUGCGAGUAUGCGGAAAUGAAACUCUCAACACGGAAACGGAACAAAGCAGACGUAAGGCAUUUCUCCGGGCAUAAUCUGGCAAACGUUAACAGGUUUGCAACAACCCACGCAUCAACAUGAUUUAUUCUUGGACCCCCCGGUUGCUGUAUAUUCAACUCAUCAGCGUUGUUUUAGUCUCCAUCUCAAAGCCGGUUGGAGGCACAGCGUCUUUCAACACAACCGUGUUUGUUCCCGAAAACGCUGCAGUAGGAACAGUCGUUGCCCACCACAGCACUUCCCUGCAGGUGGCAAGUACUACUUAUAGACUACUUGAUGGUAAUGACUACGACAGGUUUAGUUUAAUAGAGAACCAAGACGCUGUUAAAGUUGCCAAUCCUUUGGAUUGUCGAAUACAGUCCAUCUAUCAACUGCAAAUCCUAAUCCUAAUCGGCAACGAACGCAACUUGACUGAAAACACCACACUCUGGAACCUGACUGUUCAUGUCCUUGACGUGCCUGAAUACCCUCCAUACUACAACAAGACGUGUGAAACCCCUGAAAGAUCCUCUGGUGUACCCCGAUUGCUAGAGUUUACCAAUUGUUUUCUUAACAUCUCAACAAGCACUGGAUUCAAGAUCAAAGAAACGGCUGAUCUUGUAACUGUUACGAAACGCUCAGUAUACUUUAGUUUAGAGAACGACCUACAUGUAUGUGAAUUAAAUGUGACAUUCGGGAUUAAGCAUAUCCAAGAUGUAGCAAAUGCUCAUAUAUUUGCCAAAGCCGGCGUCCUUCAUAUCACGCAGUAUUCUGUGGGAGGAGCCAACAAGAUAUCAGCGAUUCUGAUUAACAGAGAUGUAAUACGAGAUCCUGAGUACCCAUUCGAGCUGCCUAUGGUAUUUUCCGAACUUGUUGCUUCUAAAGGUUUGAAUCCUAUGUGGGUUGAUAACGACAGAUACAGGUAUUUCGUCCUCGUUAGCAUUGGCGUACUUAAAACAGCUACGCCGGUUACAUACAAACUUGAAUUUACGGAUGUAAAGUUUUCAAUGCCGUACGGAAACGUAACUGGCACAGCUCAGAUUACUUUAAAACUUGCUGGUUGUCCACAUGGAAAAUACGGUGCGUUUUGUGACAAAAACUGCGCAUGUAAGAAUGAAGCCCGGUGCCAUGGCUUUAACGGGGCCUGUCUGUGUGCUCCUGGUUGGAAGGGCGUGGCAUGCGAUAUACCAACCCCAGCAGUCGCUAUUGACGUCCUACCAGAAGGAAGCAUGUAUAUAACCGGGAAUGUUUCCCUACAAUGCCGGCCUGUUCAUAUCAAUGUCUCUUCCAUGACGUGGUGGUUUCGGUCAUCUCGCAACAACAGUUCCAAAGUUUUCAUCCAAACUUCCCGUAACAUUUCCAUCCAGCCGAUUCUACCAGAGACCAACGGUGUGUACACGUGUGAAGCCGGCACACCUGAUGGACAGAUACUGGAGAGAAACUACGUCUUAGAGGUGAUGGAGUGUCCUCCCGGUCUCCACGGGGAGCGUUGUGACAGGCCGUGCGACUGUCUACAUAACGUUGGUUGUGACCGUUGGACGGGGUGUGUAUGUGAGGCCGGUUGGACAGGUCCUACUUGUGACACGCCAUGUCCUUCGGGAACAUUCGGGACAAACUGCGAAGAACCGUGCCGAUGUGAAAACGGCGCGGAGUGCAACCCUUUCAACGGUACUUGUAUCUGUCCACCGGACCUGACCGGAAAAAACUGUGAGAGCUUAAAGCAAAGAGGUGCAGUCUACACGGCACAACAGACUUCAAAAUUUUUGAUCAUGCUCGUUUUCAUCCUUCCCGUCCUUUUUGUAACAGUUGCUUGCAUAGUUAUAAGAAGGAGAGGAAGAAAAUUUCUAAGAGAACAACGUCAAGAACCAAUCCAAGAGGAACUCCAGCUACUUGGUGUCAAUCAGCGACAGGACUUGGUAGAGACGUUAGAAAGAGACCCACAGAAUCUGACUCUUGGUGAGUUGGUCGGUGUUGGGACUUUCGGCCAUGUUGUAGAAGGAACCUUACAACAGCCGGAAAAACUGCCAGUAAGAGUAGCCGUUAAAACUGUGAAUCUCAACGUCAACCAAGGUAACGUCUACGCGGACUUUUAUCGUGAGGUGGGCAUACUGGUCCAUCUUUUUGACCAAUCCUUACACACAAAGGAAGAUGAAAAAGUCAUGCACCCAAAUAUCAUCCAGUUGUACGGCGUGGUCACCCUGUCUGAUCCGAAGAGAAUAAUACUAGAAUUCGCCCCUCACGGAGAUCUUCAGAUGUACCUGACGAGACUCCGAGACGACAUCGACGCGGUGAACUGGGCCACUCUGCUCGGCUUCGCCGUGGAUGUGUCCAAGGCUCUACAGGAGUUAGAACGAGUCAGGAUUGUCCAUCGCGACGUGGCUGCCCUGAACGUGGUCAUCACAGACCAAAUGGUCGCUAAGCUGGCGGACUUCGGUUUGGCCCGAGACGUCUACACCAACACUGUGUACGAGCGGACCAAUCAGCACGGGCGGGAUGAGUUACUCCCGAUGAAGUGGAUGGCGCUGGAGUCUCUCCAGUAUGGAGAGUACACCUGUCAGAGCGACGUGUGGUCGUUCGGUGUCAUGCUGUGGGAGAUUGCCAGUCUAGGAGAGGAGCCUCGCUACCCUGGACCUUUCCGACCAGAUUGUUGCCAGAUGGUGAACAUGCUCAGACAAGGAAUCCGCAUGGAGAAGCCCCUAGAAUGUUCGAUUGACCUGUACAGACUAAUGUGUCAGAGCUGGUGUGAUGUUGGUAAGCACAGACCGACUGCUGUUGAACUUGAGGAGAGACUUGUGAAUCUAAUUAAGACAAUCAAAGAUGGAGUCCAGUCAGAUGAUGAUGUUGAUCAACUUUCUGAUGUACUUGGGAAAACCAAAGAUGCCGAGGUUGGCUGUACAUCUGUGGCAGUGUGGGAAUCUACAAUCUGACCAUUCCUAUGUUAAAGCUGCCAGUAUAAGCUAUGGUAUUCUUCUAUUUGGAUUUCACUUGUGA